GAAGCUUCGGUUCGGCCGAAGCCAUGGGCGUUUUUUGCCGAAUCAUUGGCUUCGGCAAAAAAAUGGACAUUACUAAGCUGGCAUUCGACUGAGGAAGACAUUUUUUAAACGUUCACACGUUGUCUGUUUUCCGAAUAAAACGUAGUUGAACGUUCAAAAUUCUUCUUUUUCUUUUCUUCUUCUAAGAAAUUUAAAUAAGCCUCUGAUUUAUACAAUUGCAAAGAUUAAAUGAAUCCAGCAACGGCUUUUGGAGGUGGCAAGGCCGCGUGUAGGGCGGCCAAAAACGGCACGAUAGCGAAUAGAAAGUAAAGUUACUUAAUGAAACACAUUGAUUUUUUUAUAAUCACUCAAUAUAAGCUGAUUUAAACUGUAACAUUAUAGUAAACUUUAUAUAAUUAAAUACCAUAACCCUAAUAUUUAGUUAUGAUCACUCGAGCUUAGCAAUAAAAUUUAUUUAUGCAUUAGUUGGUAGUAAAAUAAUGAAAAAUUAUUAAAAUUUAAUUUUUUUAGCAUUUAGUUAUUAGUUAGCAUCAACUUCUAAAAUCCGAGUUAUGUUAAAUUAUAUAUUUUUUAAUAUUAAAUUAAAAUUAAAAAUUAAACCUGGAAAUAAAUCUUCAUUUAAAAUUACUUAGAUGUAACUAAAACAUAGCGCACGAGAGUUAAGAGAGUUAACUAUUCUCGAAAUUUUUAAAAAUCUAUACAAUAAGUUAUUUUUAACGCACGAAACAAUUUUUAUUCAGAAAGUUUGUUUUACUAAGUCACAGACAGAACACAGAAAGACACUAUAAAGAAAGACACUACACAGAAAAGAUACUACACAGAAAAGCACAAUUGAAAUGUAAGUCAAUUGCGUUUGUUUUUGAUUUUGUACGCUGGAUCAUUAGUAAAAGUAAAUAUACCUGCUCUACAAAUAUAGGUUAAUUGGUUAUUUACGACUUCGAUUUUUUUUAAUUCAAAUAAUAUUUGAAUCAAAAAAUUGAACGAAUAUUGUUUAUUUCAAUAAAUAUUAUUAAAGGUAAGAAAAUAAUUAAACUUUCUAUUUCAAUUUUCAGAAUUGUUAUUAUAACUUUAAGUUAUCCAUUAGCGCAUUAUGGCUACCUCAUCGCGAAGUAAAAAUCCCUUAUGGAACUAUUUUAAAGUGAGUGAUGAAGAUGUUGGCAAAGCCAUCUGCAUACUUUGCAAGAAGAUUUUGUCUAGAGGAAGUAAAGACGCACACAACAUGUCAACAACAAAUUUACAAAACCAUCUGAAAAAAGUACAUUAUAAUAUACAUAGCAUGAUUCUUUCUCAGAAGAAAAUUAUUAACCACGAAUCUUUACCAAAUCCAAACGAAAAGUCUAUAAAACAAUUUUGCACUACUCGAACAAUAUGCUCAGAUAGAACAAGCUCUGCUGAAUCAGUGCAAAUCAUUACCAGCACUGCCACAGAUGAAACGCAGGGAAGCUCGCGUGUGUCUAAUAACACAAUUGCCUUUUUUCAAAAAGCAUCGACACAGGUCUCACUGCGGGAGAUUUUGCAAAGAAAAGAAUUGUGGCAACUUGAUAAUCCUAAGGCUCAAGCUAUUACCAAGCUUAUUGGAGAAAUGAUAUGUUUAGACUUGCAGCCAUACUGUAUUGUUGAAGAUAAAGGUUUUACCCGACUUUUAAAGAAUUUAGCUCCAAACUAUACAAUACCUAGUCGAAAGUAUUUCUCCACAAAAGUAAUUCCACUGAUGUAUAAAACCAUAAAAGCCAAAGUAAAAUAUGAGCUUGAUUAAGCAGAUUUCUUAAGUUUAACUUGUGAUGGUUGGACCUGUCAGCACACAAUUCAAUCGUAUUACAGUUUAACAGCUAGAUUUGUAACGCAUGAGUUUACAGUUAAACAUGUCAUCUUACAAGUUACACACUUCCCUGAGUCGCACACAGGGCACAAUAUAAGUAAAUUCAUAAAUGAAGCGCUACAAUCAUGGGAAAUUCCCCAUGAAAAAAUUCAUGCAGUUUUAACUGAUAAUGCAGCCAAUGUAAUGGCUGCCAUUAAAGAGUCAAAUUUAGGCGAUAAACAUCUUCCAUGUCUGAUACAUACUUUACAACUUUGUAUUCAGAAAAAGAUUUUUA